AUGCUUCACGAUCAUCAGCAGACUCCUCGUCGAAUCAACAGCCUCACAAUGCGAAUCAAAGCUGCAACCAUCGCCUUGUUCCUAGUACAGCUGUACACACAAGCACUGAUGCGUUUCAAGAAUCAUUGGGUCAAGGACAACACCGGCUGGGAUCUGCCUCAGGCCUUACUGUCUUUAGACUUCGGUCGAGUGGACGAAUUCGAUCAAUUGGCGGGAAUUGCGAGCGAUCCAACUGGUUCUUCAAUCCUUUCCGACCCUCCGCCAAACCACUGUUCUCAUCCGCACCGACAACAAGACGGCCCAAUUGUACAUCAACAAACAAGGCGGGACUCGUUCAGUUUCACUGAGUUCCUUAGCAACGUCGAUCUGGGAACAGUGCCUGGCACGACAACUUCGGAUUCAAGCACAACAUAUAGCCGGGGUAGACAAUGUGACAGCGGAUCGGGCGUCUCGACAUUUCUACAUCAAGAACCAUUGGCAGAUUCUACCACAGACAUUCAACCAAGUUAUUCAACUGAGAUGGGGACCUCACGACGUCGACCUUUUUGUGGAUCGAACGAACUUCCUGCUCCCUCGUUAUGUAACAUGGAAAACCGACCCGCAGGCGUGGGCGACGGAUGCCCUCUCAAUCUCUUGGACCACGUGCAACAACCCCUUCAUCCAUCCACCUUGGAAUCUAAUACUGCCGGUGCUACGCAAGAUCAAGGACGAACGGAUAACAGCGACGGUGGCAGUUCCGUAUUGGGAGAGCGCCAUUUGGUUUCCGUUGAUCCAAUCGAUGGCAGUCGAUCCUCCUCUGCUUCUCGACCCAGCUCGCCACACUCAAACAACUUUCCGCUCCACUCCUUGGCCGUGGAUGAAUCCACACUGGCGACUAUCCGUUUGGAGACUCUCAGGCGCAGGUUUGAAUUAAAUGGGUUUUCGGUGACGGCGGCGUCGCGUCAGGCAGCUGAACUGGUUCAAGCAUCCACGGCUAGGACGUAUCAACGAGCACAGUACCUGUUCAUCCAUUGGGGGCGCCACUUUAAAGUCGAUUUGAAUCGUUAUUCUGUAGCACAGUUGAUCGAGUUUUUGGAUUUAGCCACGGAUACUGGUUUUGCUGCAACGACUAUUCUCCUGUUUAAGUCGGCGGUGUUAGUUUUCCACUGGGAUGCAGACGCUAUUGCCGCCGCGCGUGAGCUACGCGACUUUCUCACUCGUCUCAAACGAAAAGCUCCCCCUGUACAUAUGAAUCGCCCUCCCAUGGACCUCUCACCUUCUUUGGAUUUUGUUCAAGCAAUACCAUCUGGGCCGACCAUGACACUUCCUCUCUUGUCGAAGAAGUGUGCUUUUCUUCUCGCUGCCGCUGCCUUCCUUCGCCCUUCUGAUUUGCAUUGGAUUUCACUUUCUGACUGCCGUGUCACUGAGGAGGGCAACCUGCUUCUGGUUAUUAUCGCACCCAAAGAAACUCGGCAAGGUCGGCGCAUUUGUAAGGAACUUCUGGUCCAUCCACUGCCCAAUGAUCCCUCUUCGUGUCCAGUUCAAGCUUACUGUGCCCUUAUGGACCAUCCUUCGCAUGUUGGCACUUCCUCUCUCUUUGUCAACAGCCGGGAUCCUUCGGCGGCGUUGGCGGCGACUACGUUGUCAUCAUAUUUGCGUUCUGUCCUCCAUUUGUCUCCUUCGGCCACUACGGGAUCAAGGCUCCCAUCGAUUCGUUCUGCUGCUUCGGACAAGGCUUUGCGCACUAGUGUUUCCUUAGACUAA